AUGAAAUUCGCCUUUCUUUUUGCUCUUAUUUCCUCUCUUCAUGCGAAUUUUAUCGAAAAAUUUCUUCAGGAAAAGGAAAAUUCGAAAAUGAACCCGACCAAAGGCGAAAAUCUGAGAAGUUACAUGAUGAAACCGGGUGCGUCAAACUUUCUUGACAGCUAUCUGAAGAAUCUCAAGAAAACGACGCUUUUCCAAAAUGUUCUUCUUGGAAAAACUCAAUAA